AUGACCGCUGGGGAUGGACAUCAAUGGACGGCCACCUUCCCGGAGCCAUGUAUGCCAUUCUCAGAAGUUCGGCAUGCCCUUUGCUGUGAAUUCGAACAUCCACGUAUUUUAUCUGAGCAGCAUGGAUCAUCAGCAGCCCAUAGAGGAAAAUGCUGGCUCGUGGAUCCUGCAAGUGGUGGAACUGUUAUUGCAUCUGUCAAAUCCCCAAUUGUUCCUUUGGUAUGUGCAGUCCGUAUUCAACCCCUGGUAAAAUACACACCACUGACUUUAUCCCUGCAUGCCAUUGACCGCAAAACAGGACAUUAUUGCACUAUUGAUGACCUUUUCCAGCACCAGCAAGGUAUUUCGGGGAUGGGCGCAAAGAAACUAGGCUCAUACCAUGGUUUCCAAAGGUCAAGGCCAAGACUGGCAUCUGCAGUGGUGAAGGACCACGCGAUGAUAUCUAGUGAUGUUCCAGCCUGGCAUCAAGCCCUGGGCCAGCCCAAGACAGGCCUAAACAAGCCAAGUUGGGAGACAUUAGCUGGGUUGACAGCAUCCAUGCCUGUCAGUGCAACACCAGCUGUUGUCGGCAGGGACUCGCAAUGCAUUGGGUUUCGCAAACCUUGUGACAUCAGCAUCAAUGACAAUGGUUGCUGUGCUGGUCAUUAUUGUUACGUGCAUUACCAACAACUACCAAUUGAGAAAGGCCUUCAAGAUCCCAAAGAACUCGCAUGUCACGAGAGAAAAUAUGACAUACUUAUAAGAUUGACCGAAGUACUGCAGCUCCAGUGGUCCAAGUCACUUGAAGCUAAAAAAUCAAAAACAGCCUCCCAGUCUUGUCAGAUUGGACGGUCCGAGGGAGCCAGUAGUACUUUAGGCAAUUUAGUCAGGAUCUAUGAUCCAAUUGAUAUCGUGAAUGGGCCAACAUUGUUACAGUCACCAACUCCUCAUGCUGGGGCAUUCGUGAGGAUAUAUUACCCCAAUGGACAGCGAUUGGAAUAA